CAAUGACAACAGUCACAGUUUGCUUCUUAAUUCUGUUUACAUGCAUUAUACCAUCUGGUACUUGGCCUAGCCUAGACCAUCCAAAUGAACUUUGUCAGAAUGAGUAUCUUCAAGGAAACAAGACCUUAAGCUUAUCAUGUAAACAUUCUGUCAUUUAUGACAGAAUCAAAAUAAAACCAAGCUUGGGAUUUAUGAGAUCUUCUAAAUGGGUUGUGGCCUUUGACAAUAUUUUGGUUUAUAAGGGAUGCACAAUGUCAAGGUUAUGCAUGCUCUUUGACUCAUGCUUAUAUGUUCUGAAAAAAGCUAAGCAAAAUGUGAUCACCACAGAGGAAAACAGAGAAAAGUUUAAAAAUGAUGUCCUAAAAUGUGGGAUUAAUUUCCUCUAUAAAACCCACUGCCCUUUGGUUAAGAUGAAGAUCCUCUCAGCCUUUUCAUCAACAUCCUGCUCAAAAGAAGUUUUUAUGAUCAAAGCAGAAACAUUAACAUGUCCUGUUUGUACAACAGUAUGUGAUGUUCUUUCAGCCUCUAGCAGACUUUUCCUGGCAAUGGCAUUUAUGAUGUUAAUCUAUACAACAUGGCUAAAAACAAACCUGAGUGUUGCUGCUUAUAAUGGUAAUGUUGCAAUGGGGAUGCUUUUCACAUUUGCAAUGCAUUGUUCAUUUGACCGGUUAUUGAUGACCCUCUACCUCAUUUGUGCUCUAACAAAAACUAGUCAUGUAUUAAUUGCCUACCAGGCUGUGCAUUUGUUCAUAACUAGACUUUUUUCUUUGCACCUGAAGUCAACGACCACUAUGUUGAUUCUUUGGCUAAUUGUUAUCAUUACAAUUCCUAAUAAGAACUUGAAAGAUUGGUCUACAGAUCUCCAUCUGCGCAAUAUUUUUGAAUCAACACGAAGAAUGUGUGCUGGCUUAGGACAGCUUAUGUUUCUGGUUUCUUUUUACUGUUCAUUGGCUAUCCUCCCCUCUUUAACACAAUUCAUCCAGAGUGAAUUUAACAGUAUGAAUUUCCUUUUUCACCUCCAGCUGUUCACAUACCCACAAAAUUCAAGAACACCAAGAAAGUAUGUAAUUUUUGUAAGAAUAUACAGGUUAAUUUAAGAACAAUUUUCAAUUUUUCUACUAAAACAAUAAAGAAUGUUUACAUCUUAA